AUGUCUGUUGCAUGUGCAGCGAAUUGGGACACAACAUUUCUAAUUGACGACUACUGUCUCCAAGAACUACAAUUUUGGAUAACAAACUUAAAAUUAGUUAAUGCUCGAUCUUUUAAAGAAUCAUCUUCCAGUAACCGAACGAUUUGUUCAGACGCCAGUGCCACAGCGUGCGGGGCCAUCAUUUUGGGGACAAAUCAUGUAGCACACAGAAUGUUCACCCAAUCUGAACAAGAGACAAGUUCCACAUAUAGGGAAUUACUUGCAAUUCAAUUGGCUAUACAGGCCUUUGAACCACUGUUAACAGGUUGUAAAGCAAAAUUAUUCACUGACAGUCAAGUAGCAAUGAAAAUUGCUCAGAUCGGGAGUAUGAAAUUAGAAUAUCACGAAUUAGCAAUUAGUAUCUUUUCUACGCGUUUUCGAGCAAAUAUUCAGUUAGAUUUGCAGUGGACACCCCGAACAUUAAACGAACAAGCCGAUUAUGUUAGCAAGUUAAACGAUUUUGAUGACUGGGAAGUCGUACCCGGCAUAUUUGAGCAAAUUGACGCUCAGCUUGGUCCUCACACUUUGGAUUGCUUUGCAAAUUCCAAAAACGCAAAAGUUUCUAGAUAUUUUUCAAGGUUUUGGAAUCCGGGCACGACCGGAGUGGACGCGUUUUAUCAGGAUUGGUCCCACGAGAUUGCGUGGGUUGUACCACCCAUAUCGAUUGUAUCGAGGGUUCUUUGGUUCAUGUUUGAGAAUAAAUGUAAGGGAACAUUAGUAACUCCCUACUGGCCAUCGGCGGCUUACUGGCCUUUACUAGUCAAGCAAUUUGUAGCUUGUGUCAGAACAACAAUCAUAAUUAAAGGCAACGUAGCGUUACGCCAACGGAGUAAUUCGAAAUCGUUGUUAGGUUCGACAGAUUGGCAGGGAAAUGUUUUCGUGUGUUCUCUCGAUUUUUCAGACUAA